UUGAUUCGACAUUUAUUUGACGAUGAAAUGGUCGAUAAGCGUUGAAUCAAUGUUAAUUCAACCUUCAUCGACGUCGAAUCAACAUUAUGGUGCUGACUGGGUAAUGAGUUACAUCACAAGCUUGGAGUUUCAUUAAAAAUAACAACGACCGUAACGGGGAAUUUAGAAUUAUUUGAAAUAAUUAUCUGUUGUGUAAAUACAUCGACGAGAUACUAAUUAAUCUUUCAGCGUACCAGAGAAAUUUCGCUGUAUGCUAACGUCCUAUAAAAUAUAAUUUUUCGAGACUAGCGCACUCUAGUGUUGGUUGUUGCGAGGUUAGACAUGGUUGUGAGCUUUUAGAAGUGCUGUAUGCUAAAGGUCAUACUUUAUGUCAGAAUGCCAAAAUAUCAUUGGUGAAAUAUUGAUUAACUCCUUGCAAUCAAUCAAUCAAAAAGAAUAACGUUAUGGAGUUAUAAGUAUUUGAUUCUAUCCAUAUUCUUGUAAAGUUUAAGAAUUUCCGUGAAAUAUCUUUCAUUAGUCACUUCAAAAGGAUGGUAAGCAAACUGUAGUUGCAGCUUAUAAGAAGACAACAAAAUCCCUUCAGUGAUUACAUCAGUCAGCCGUGUGAAAUAAUAAUGUUUGCCACUAUGAGCAGCAGCUCUGUCGCAUACUGUUUUACCGAUCAAGUGAUGAGCCGUCGAAAGCAUAUCAUGGCUGAAAGAUGCUUUGAUUGACAACAAUGUGUUGGUUCAUUCUAUUAAAUUUCAUGUAAUACAAGAAAUAUGCUACAGAAUAUGCAGUUGAAUGUUCCCAAUUCGAGGAUACCUUAUAUAGUUACACCAAGAUUGCGUAAAAAUCGUAAAAUUGAGAACAGAUGGGGAUUGCAGUAUGAGAUAUCUGUACAGUAUGCUGCAUUUGGGAGGCAAUGUUUGCCUUAUAUGCCAACAGAACCACCAGCAUCUUUGAGUGAAGAGGUUGUGGAAUCUGAGCCACUAUAUGUGUGCAAGCAAUGUAAAGACUGUUUUCGCUUUCAAAGCAGCUUGGAUGAUCAUAGUAAGAGGCGUAGUUGGAUUUUUGGACUUUGGUGUCACAAUUGUUUUAGGACAGUAUGCACUCAUAUAACCGAAAUAGGCUCUGUAUGUUCUAUAUGCAUGAGACAAGAUAAUGAAAAACGUUCAUAUUUACGAUCAAGAGGAUUUGGUCACCAACGUUUUCAAAAAUGGGGAGCUAUGAAAGUAUUUUACAACCAGUGCCAACUCUUUGAACACAUGAAAUUGCAUAAUUUAUGCUCAAUAGAUGUAUCUGAUGUAAUGUUAAUGCCUCUACCUGCUGAUUUAAGUUAUAAUGAUUGGACUCUUGAACUAGAGUUAGCAUGUGAAGCACUUAUGGAAUACACAUUCUUAUUACGUGUGCAUGUCAUGGAUUGGUUAAGAUUGAACAAAAUAGAAAAUAACUGGUGGAAAUUGAUUGAUGACGAAGAUGACAACAAUAUGAGUAACAUUGUAAGAGGUUAUAAGGGUCGACAAAUGUUCAAAACUUUGGAAAAGUGUGAAGAAGACCAGAAUCCUAAUUCUGAGGUAUCCAAUAUCACCACACAUUCUCUUUUUAUGGAACUUAUUGAUUCUUGUUUUAAUGACAAGGAUAAGAAUAAUCAUUCUACUAAUGCUGUCUCAGACAAAAAUGUGUCGGAAAAUGAAGAUAAUCCUUGCGUGUCAACUGACAUUGCUUUUGUAGAUUGUGGUCCUAUCUCAAAAUGUUUGGAACCAGAACCAUCAAUGAGCACUAUACCUAGGAAACAGAUAUCUGUUCUUAAAAAUUCAAGACGAAAUAUACAGAACUUGCACUUAACUGAUAAAACUGCUAAGAGAAACUGUAAAAAAAGAAAAACGAUGCUUAUAGAUACCAGUUUAGUUGAAACGGAUGUGGUUCCUGAAAAUACAACUAUGCUAAAAGUUGGUGAAAAAGACUUGAAUAAAAAUACUAUCAGUAAACAAUCAUUCAAAAACUCUCAGCAAUAUAGAACAGAGCAAUCAUUUGUAAAAGAAAGUGUGGGAAAUAGCAUUAGUAAACCUAUAAUAGAAACUGAUAUUGCUAAAAUUCUAAACAAUCCAAUCAACAUCGCUGUUCCGUUUUCUGCUAAAAAUAUUAAGUUACAUAAAACGAAUUCAGAUUAUUUAGGACAUGGCCUACAAAAAUCCGUAGGAGCCUGUGGUUCCGAGAUAUUACCUGUCCAAAGUUCAAAGAAGGCAGAUGUUGCAUCUAUUAUCAACGACCUAUCUUCUCAACUUAUUUUAAAUAAUAAAGUUGUUCUUGAACAGAAUUCACAGAAAUUUAUAACUUUUUGCGACGAAGAUGUAAUUAUGACUGAAAAAAAAUCAAACAAUUCAACAUUGGAUAAAAACAGUACAGAUGUUGGUACGUUAUUACAAAAGAAACAAGUUACUGGUAAAUUUUUAAUUAAAGGUGGAAAGAGAUAUCUUAUUAAACAUUCAGAAGAUAUCAAGAAGAAUUUGUCUAAUCUGCCUAUUAUGACUAAUAUUUCAAAAGACACAAAACUGCUGAUAUCCAAACAGAACAUUCCAACAUCAUCUACUACUAAUUCUGGUGAAGUCAAAAAUACAAAUAUGGUACAAGCAACUUCACCUCAGAACGACAUUUCAUUGUUAACACCUUCGCCGUCUCCUUCAGAAUUAUCCAGUAGUUCCAGCUGUGGGUCGCAUGCUAAGCAAAUUUUUAAAGUAAAACUACGAAAAGUACUUCCGCGAUUAAUUUCAUUACAGAAGAAUUCAUGCGAGAUGAUAUCAUUGGUUGAAGAAAAAGGAGAAAAGGUCUACAUGAAUUUAAAAAUAACAGAUAAGGCUCCCAAAAAUAUUCCUCAUGGCAUAUGCAAAGACAUACCGAAGUGUAGAGAAGAAAUGAUAAAAGAGUUUUAUCAUAUGGAUAAUUUCGAGUUGAUGGCACGAAUCAAUCAUCUGCAACACGUUAGCGAAGAGAUUAGGAAAGUUAUGAAUUUUGUAACGAAUAAUAAUGACAAAGAAAAAUUAAGGUCUAUUAAUGCUCUCCAGCGGAUAUUGCAAAAUUGUUUGCGUAAGUGUGAUCAGAAUGUACAAAAUAAGAAGAAUGAUCCGAUGUUAAGCGAAUGGGAAUGGAAGAAAAUUGAUAUAUAUAGCCAUAGAUGUCCAUUAUGUCGCAAGACUAUAAAGCCGAGAGCUUAUAUUGCUGGAUUUUCGAAAUUGCCUAAGGACGAUGAUAGAUAUUGUUUCUGUUACAAAUACGUUUGUUACAAGUGUCUAUCUUAUCAUGGUGAUUCAUCGUGUUUCAGUGCGCAUCAAAACCUACACAUGCAGGUGGAACCUUAUAUUUGUCCAGAUUGCCACAUCAACUUUAUUAACGCUAAAUUUUUAGAAAUCCACAUAUGGACUGCUUGCUUUCACACACUGAAAAAACGCGUAUUCUCUUGCAAAGUUUGCAAGAUAGAUGGAUUUAGAGACAUAGAGUCGAUUACUAUACACUUUGCUACUAUGCACAGUGAUAAGAAAGUCGUGUGCGAAAUGUGUUGCUUGGUAUUUUCUUUGUACGAUGAUUAUAUGAAGCAUUAUGCGAUGGUACACAUGAACAUGCCGAAGCCCAAACCGAUACGGCUAGUAAUAAAUAAAUUAAACAACGAGAUUGUACGUUAUGAGAAUUUUAUACAGUACUUGGUUAAUUCCUCCGCGAUUGAGGAACUUAUAUGGUACAAAUGUCCUUUAUGUCCAUUUGCAACUUUAGAAGACACGGAUAUGGCGAUGACAUUUAGCACUCAUUUACAACAGCAGCAUUUCAAACGCUUGUCUGAAGUCAUUAGUGCAGAAGCGUUGGAAGAUAUUAUCUCCAAGAAAAAAUUUGGAAAAACCUGUAUUUCCGAAGGUAUCUUAGAUACAGUAAAGAAUCCUCCGUGUGAAGAUGGUACCGUAAUACCUAAGAUCGUAAACACUCGAACUAUUUCGUCGGAAAUAUUCGAACGUGGCUCUCACGAUGCGGACAACACGUGGUCCAUUAAUUCUGGUGGAUCCACGUCUACUUUUGCCGCUGAUGUGAGUUCACAAGUGACACAAAAAGUAGACCUGCUACCAAAAAUCCUCAAUGUUAGAUCAGUGGCUGGUUUAAAGACAACCGUAGCGGACAACGUUGCGACAAGUACAGAACUUUUAACUGACAUGAAGGUUAAACGCGAUUCUCAAGCUUCUUCAUCUGAAGUAAUUAAAUGUAGGAAUGAGAAAGGAGAGCUAUCAUGUAAAGAUGAGAAAAACGUGAUGAUGGAACUAGAUGACAUCAGAUCUGACAUCAGGGAAAAAACGAAGGAGCUGGAAGAGCCCGAUAAAAGUAACGAUGAAUUGGUUGCUUCGUGCGCAGCUGAAUUCGAAAAAUCUCUACAAAUAAAUGAUGGUCACACAAAUUCGUCUACCGAAUCAAAUGCAGAAAUUUCCAACUCCGAGUCUGCACCCAAGACAAGUGGCCGUAUAAAAGUAAUUGAUAUCAGAAAAAUAUGUAUGCCAAACAUCAAACCAUUCAUGGACAAGUCGUGCGAUAUGCAGCCCAACGAUGAAAAUGUAGCCUCUACAUUGCCGAAACCUCCUCCGCUUGCGAGAAUCCCGCAACAUAUACUUGAUUGUAGAAAAACCGAGGUGGCGGAUGCAGCGAGACGAACUAUGAACAUGAAGCCUCUUUCGCGAAAAGCGGCCAAGAUGAGACCUCGAAUUGCUAUAAUCGGGCCAACUGACACGCAAGAGGGAUCUAUCGAGUUUUUGUGUCACAUAUGUAACAAAAAGAUCAACACUUCUUGGCCAGUGGUGCGGACACACUUUACCGAGAAUCAUUUUCGUGAAUAUCAAUUGGCUACACCUUCUCUGUGCUUAAAGAAACUACCAUCUGACUACAAGAAAUAUUAUCAGAAAUAUAUAUGUAAUAUGAAACGAAAGUCAAACAUCGCUUUACCUACAGUGAAGAGAAAGCGCCGGUGGACAUCAAAGAAAAGUAACACUGACACAAAGGACACAAGCGUACCCGAGAUAGGACUUUGUGUGGAAAAGGAGACGGCAGAAGACGGUGAGGGUAAUUUCAAAUGCAAGAAAUGCGGUCAACGAUGUACUGACAUGUCCGAUCUGAGAGAGCAUAUUGCUGCUAAUCACAGGCUGAAAGGCCGUUAUUUGAUAUGUCUGGAAUGCGGCGAGAACUUUGUGGUCGCGCCUAGCCUACAGAUGCAUCUGAAGGCUUUUCAUGGAAUAGACGAUCCUAUCAGCCACAUGAGUCAAAAUCCUUCUUAUUCCUCUGACGCAAUCGGCGAUUUGGAGGAGGAGAGAAAAACAACGGAAGCUAAUCAGUGUCAUGUUUGUAUGGCAGUUUUCGAGGAUAAGGCUGCGGUAGACAAACACCUGAGAGUACAUGGUAUGGCUUUUUUAAAUCGUAAGAGGAUAGAGGCGAGAAACGCUCUGAAGAGCCCGGAAAAGAAACCAAACGCGGAGGACAACAAGCAAAGUCCUCAGCAAAUUACAGAACAACCAAGGGAAACUGUGAAACGAGAUAAACCGGUGGAAACAAUCCUAGAAAAACUUAAUGCGGCAAUGUAAUCACAGGGGAUGAACAUGUGGAAGAAAACAAUUUUGUAAUAUAAUAUAUUCAUUAAUUCUUAUUUAUAAGUUUUCGUCUGUAUAUUUACGCGCUCAAUAUUUUUGUCGACAGUUCAUUGUUGUCACGAAACAUUGUGUCACUGAAUUAUUAAUCUUUCUCUUCUCUAUCACGUGUACUUUAGAAGAUCCGUAUAUUCUAUAAUUUAUCACUUUUGAAAUUUAGUUAAACGAGUCAGAAUAAAACACGAUGAAUCAUCUCGAUAUAUACAUAAAUUAAUAGUAUCAUGGGGAGACAUUAUGUAUAUUACCGUACGUAUGAUUCGGAAUUAUUAAUUGUAUUUUCUUUUAUUGAUAUUUAUAUAGUAUGUCCCAUCACUACUGUGACACGGAUUAAUAACAGAUCCUUUAAGGUAUUUUAAGAUGAAAAUCUUAACACGAAGGUAUCAAGUUUAUAAUAGCUUUGAAAUAGGAAACGUUUCGUGCUUGCAUUGUCACGUUGUCCAUAUUUCGGUGACGUCUGCAUUUCUGGAAAAUACAUACCUACAUCUGUGAGUUUUAUUUAUUCAAUUAGAAAUAAUAUUAUUAAAUGUUUAUAAAGAUGUCGCGAAUGAAAAUAAAAUAUUAUUGUGAAAUGUAAUAUAUUGCGUUAAAAACAGAAUUUUUCGAGAUUAAAUUUAUUUUGUAUGAUGUUCUGGUAAACGUACGUUUUUGAGUAAAAAU